AUGAAGGUCAAAAAUAGAUUCUGGCCUAGUGCGAUGUGCGUUUAUUCGGGCCGAGUGUGUGAGGGGUAUCAAACCCCUUGGACGUUUGUGGAUUCGUCGACGUUCGUAUCCGCUUCUAAGCAGAGAAAUACUCGAGAGACGAGUCAAACUCGGCGACAUCGAAAAACACUAAAAGUCCAGGAAAAUGCUCAUGCAAGCGUCCAACAAGGCUUGCAGCCAUCACUGAAUCCCUCUCGGGAGUCAUUGCUUGCUCGACCUAGCCACGACGAUUUCAUUGCCCUAGUCGUACGAAACUACGUGCCCAAGGAUUCAGUGACAUCCAUAGACAAUGACCUGCACUUCACAAAAGAGCCCCGAAUAUGUGGCGCAUGGGUUGAAGUCCUACCUAGUCUUCGAAGCGGGAGAGGAGGUACUCGCAACCUAGUUCUUACUGCAGCUGUCGAAGCAUUAGCAACUUCUAUCUUGACUCAGAAACUAUACCCAAACAGGGACAAUAUCGAAAGCUUCCAGAGCUAUGAAUUGGCUCUUCGAUCUUUGCGGAAAAGUGUUACUGUGGAUCAGCGGUCUGAUGUGGAGCUAUUGGCGUCUAUUAUGUGCCUGAGUUUGGUGGAGCUCAUGAUGCCAAGUACUUCUGUCGCAUUGGAAGCACACUUGAAAGGCGCCGGGCAGUUAUUUCGGGCAUACGGCGCGGAUGCAUGCAAAGCCGGAGUACUCCAUACUCUUUUCGCUGGUUUCAGGCCGCUUCUAUUAAUUGAUGCUUUUCAACUCCGGCAAACAACGUUUCUUGCCUCCCCAAAAUGGAUUGAUGUUCCCUUCUCCAUCUGUAGAGCAUCGUCAAUGCAGAGCCUUCUCGAUAAGGGUGCGAUUAUUCCCUCGCUUCUGAAUCAAAGCGACAAUCUCUUAGAUAAAGCACACGAAGAAGGAAACUUCGAUGUUGAAGCCAGAGACCUUAUCAAUCAUUUAGUCACUACAUUGAUUGACCUCGAGAAUUGGGAAAUGGAAUACUGUCAAGGCAUCGACAGGCAGUGCUACUGGCCUUCCGAUAGAUCCGAACUCCCACUAUCCAAAACCUCUAUAUCCCAGGAUAAACCGCUGAUUUACACCAGCGUAACCAUGGCAAACGUAUACACUAACCUCUGGGCAUUCCGCAUCAUCUGCCUUUCCGAACUCGAACGUUUCAUCUGCUAUUUCCCCUACUACGAUAUAACUCACGACAUCCCUUCACACCCUCUCAACCUCAAACACGCCAAAGAACACAAGAUAGCACUCGCAAAACAGAUUUGUCUCAGUAUGGAAUACCUCUUACAAGAUGAAAUGGAACUCUUUGGGCCUGCGUCGACUUGCUUCCCUCUUCAGAUAGCAUAUGAAACGUUCUUGGAGAAUGAGGUUGGGCGAGAGGAAGAGAUUUCAUUUGUUGAAGGUGUUGUGUCACGACUGGUUCGGAAGGGGUUACGGUCUGCUCCUGUGCUGGUUUUUGCGAGGAGGACUAUGAGGACGGUGUAG